AUGCGUGCGCCUAACAAGAUUCUUUAUGUUCAAGACGUGUCAGGGGCGGAUCCGAGCCUUGAUUCAUACAGUGUUGAAUAUAAGGUACAAGAAAUAGUUAUUUCACAUUGCGACGACCUCGACACAAAAGCAGCAGAUUUAGCAAAUCCUUGUUGGAAGUCCCGGGUCGACCACUCCUGGGGAGCGCCGCCACCCUGCCUGUCACCCACCCCCGGCUUUCUCUUGUGCGUCGGGGAUCUCGACCCUGCUGCGAGGACGAAACACUGGAAGUACAACUAUCGUGACAUCCCAUACCCGCUAAACAGAACGACGCAAGAGCACAGCAAAGAGCAAAAUUCCAGGGUCGGUCGUAUUUGCUCUGUCAUCGAAACAAGUCAACCUUAUGGCUCUCACGAUAAAGUAUACAUCGCCGCGCACGCCUCUGACCUCACCGUACCGACAAAUAAUAAAUAUGUAACACUGAUAAAGCCGCAGAAUCGUUGA